AGUUCACCUUCAGAAAUCACAGAACAGUGCUGUCUGUACGAUAGUAGCAAGUUUUUUGCUGUUAUGAGUGUAAAUGCUCAUUCUAUGUCCUCGCAGCGUAAAAUAAAAGUUUUUCUCUUUUCAGCAUCAAAUCAUUGUGAUGGAGGUAAAACGCACGGACCCUCAGGUGGGUCCGCGCGGCAGUGGGAGACAUCACAGCAUUCUGACACCUGCGCUCCCCCCGCCACCGCAGGCAAGACACGCAUCCUUCAGAUCCGGGUUAGUCCGAAACGCCCGCGCGCGGCGUUGUAUAAGCUGGAGCGGUAUGGGCGCACGCGCCUGCAGCCUUGAACCCCUGCAGUGACGUUCGCAGCGUUGACGUCAUCACGCACAUCAAAAGAAACGAACUUCAGUUGCGCAAAACUCCAGCCAAGGUUGCGCUGCGAUUGGCUGCGCGCGCCGCCUCGCUCUGCCCUCGUGCGCUCCUCACGCGCUGGCUCCGAGUGGCGACGCGCGCCUGGAGGGAGCUGCAGCUGCGACAGCCUGAUGGUUGGAACGUCGGCAGCUGCAGGUGCUGCACCGAGUGCACCUUCAGACGAAGAGCCGGCCAUCCCACAUCGAGGAUCGCUGCAAUGCACGAGUCCACAGAAGUCCGAAUGGACGGCAACUCUCUGCUGAAGGCCGUUUACCUGAGUCGACUCCGCCUCACUCGGCUGCUCCUAGAGGGAGGGGCUUACAUUAAUGAGAGCAACGAGCACGGCGAGACGCCGCUUAUGGUGGCCUGUAAGACUCAGCACACCGACGCCCUGAGUGUCCCCAAACACAGGAUGGUCCGGUAUCUACUGGAAAAUGGCGCUGAUCCAAACAUUCAGGACAAGACAGGGAAAACAGCUCUGAUGCACGCAUGUCUAGAACAGACGGGGGCUGAGAUCGUGUCGCUCCUGCUGAGCAGUGGUGCUGAUCCAACCCUUGAGGAUCAUUCAGGCGUGUCAGCGAUAGUUUACGCGGUCAACUCAGGCAACAGGGACAUCCUCGACGUGAUCCUGGAUGCCUGUAAGGCAAAGGGAAAGGAGGUCAUCAUCAUCACCACCAACAAGAUGCCUUCGGGCCAACAGAAGACAAAGCAGUACCUGAAUGUUCCUCCACCUCCUGACCUGGAAGGACGCCUGGUUCACACCUCAACCCCUUGCUGCCUGACGCCCAAUGAGGUCCAUCUGCCAACUUCCCCACAGGGACUUUUAGGAGCCUCUGCUCUCCAACCUGGCAGUCCUGUUCUUGGCCUUAGAGAUCCCCAGUGUUUAGAUUUUGGGUUUUGCAAGUUUUUAUCUCGACCUGGUUCUCCAACCAAACAGCCAAGCCCUUUCUGUGUGCCUGGGGCAGACAAGAGAUCGAACCUCCUCAGACUCCACUCAGAACUGGGUUGUAAGAGUCCUUCACUGCUGCUGCAGAGUCAGAGCACGUCGCUGAUGGAAGAGCCACUGGAAAUGACUCCUCAGGAGGAGGUCUCCUUCAAAGUCAAUGACCUGCUUGUCCAAAGAAGACUGGCCGUUUCACGUCACCACAGCAUUGAUGUGAAAGACGUAGCAGCGCUACAGAAAGCUCUAGAAAACAUGCUAGGUAAUGAGACCAAGGGAGGAGGGGGAAGGAAAGGCCUUGGGAGGAAAAUGUCCUAUGACAGUGCUGCUGGGUCUUUGCAUUCUGCCUCCCACCCAAACUUACAUCAAGACAGCCUCCCGUUUGCCCAUGAAUCCAUCCCAGUGGAUAAGGGAUCCUCAGAGAGUCUCAGACAGUUGAUUGUUUCCAGUCUUCAAAAUGUGGUGCAUCGCAGGAACAUCGGCAUUGACCAUUACAGCUCGGACUCUCAGUUAAUGCAGGGUGGCAACCGAGACAGGCAGAAGAGCAGUGCUGGAUCUGGCUCAGGAUCAGAGAAGCACAAGCUGAUGAACGGCAGGCCUUCCACUCUGUCAGGAUCCAGGGAAUCUCUGGAGAGCUCCGUCCAGCAGAGACGUGGUGCCGGACUGGAGCGAAGAGGCUCGGGAGCUCUUCUUCUGGAUCACAUUGCCCACACACGCCCUGGGUACCUCCCCCCUCUGAACCCCCAUGUUCCUAUCCCGGAUAUUGGAGUAAGCUCCAGUUCGACGUACCCAGUGAGUGGAAGUAAGAAGACCCUCAGCGCUGUUCUGUCAAAACCCGUUGUUCCGUGUGCGCCUGGUUUUCCACCAGAUCUGAAGGCCAAGAAGAUGCUGUGGAGACGCCACUCCAUGCAGAGCGAACAGAUCAAACAACUGGCCAAUUUUGAGGAAACAUUUGGGCGCUAGGACACAAUGGACAGAAAGAACUUCCUCCAGCUCCACCUCUCUGUACUUUAAACGUUGUCUGCAGAGGCUACGCAGAUCAAAGAGCCUAAAACUAGCUUAUUGCUUUAGCCUAUUGUUUGUUAGUGCGAUAUUCUCAGAAGCUGCUAAUUCAAGACUUGGUGAUGUGUGUUGGUUUUGCAUUUCCCUUCUAGAACCUCAUUGGUUCAGACUCAUUAGCUGCGGUUCUAUGUGCAAAAUGUCUUUGAUUGGAUCAAAGAUCAGAUUAAAAUUGAACUGUGUUCAUGUGCAUAGAAAAACGUCAUCUGAUUAAAACAAACGUUUACAUACGCCA